GGAUCCGCCCGGCCUCCGCCAGUGGGUCUCUUGAAACUGUGUAAUUGAGAUGAUGUUAGUUGCACAAAGAAAAAGUCAGACAGUCGUUUAACGGGGGCGCAGCGAGUGAGUUCAGUGUCUCUGUGAGAGAGAGAGAGAGAGAGUGUGUGGAGCUAACUUAGCAGCGUGGACUCAUUCUAAGUUUCCUUCUAAGGAAUUUCUUCUGCAAAAAAAAGAAGACAAAGCUUCCAAAUGUUGCAGAAUUGAUUGAGACUUACCACUAUAGAAGGACACUUGUGAUUUUUAAAAACAAAAUAUUGGACAGGGAGAGGAUUGGAGUCUGGAGGGAUGCAUGUGAAGGUGUUGCCGGGCGGACUGCUGACCGUGGUCUGGCUGCUCCUGUGUGCUUCCGAGAGAGGGAAGGGGCAGUAUCAGGGGGAGAGGGGCAUCUCGAUCCCGGACCAUGGAUUCUGCCAGCCCAUCUCCAUCCCGCUGUGCACCGACAUCGCUUACAACCAGACCAUCAUGCCCAACCUGCUGGGGCACACCAACCAGGAGGACGCGGGGCUGGAGGUGCACCAGUUCUACCCGCUGGUCAAGGUGCAGUGCUCCCCGGAGCUGAAGUUCUUCCUGUGCUCGAUGUACGCGCCGGUGUGCACGGUGCUGGAGCAGGCCAUCCCGCCGUGCCGCUCCAUCUGCGAGCGGGCCAGGCAGGGCUGCGAGGCGCUCAUGAACAAGUUCGGCUUCCAGUGGCCGGAGCGGCUGCGCUGCGAGAACUUCCCGGUGCACGGCACCGAGCAGCUGUGCGUGGGCCAGAACCACUCGGAGGAAGGCGCCGGGGCAGCCGGAGGGGCGGGGGCUGGGCUGGUCACCAGCCUGCCCACCCUGAGCCCCCAGGAGCCGGGCACCCCCCGGCCACCCCGCUCUGACCGCCAGCACCCCUUCUUCCAUUGCCCGCGGGCCCUCAAGGUGCCCUCCUACCUCAACUACCAGUUCCUGGGCGAGAAGGAGUGCGCCGCGCCCUGCGAGCCCUCCCGGCCGGACGGCUACAUGUUCUUCAACGAGCAGGAGAUCCGCUUCGCCCGCAUCUGGAUCCUGAUCUGGUCGGCGCUGUGCUGCGCCUCCACCCUGUUCACCGUCACCACCUACCUGGUGGACAUGCAGCGCUUCCGCUACCCCGAGCGGCCCAUCAUCUUCCUGUCGGGCUGCUACACCAUGGUGUCCAUCGCCUACAUCGCUGGCUUCGUGCUGGGCAACCGGGUGGUCUGCAACGAGGGCUUCUCGGAGGACGGCUACCGCACGGUGGUGCAGGGCACCAAGAAGGAGGGCUGCACCAUCCUCUUCAUGAUGCUCUACUUCUUCAGCAUGGCCAGCUCCAUCUGGUGGGUCAUCCUGUCCCUCACCUGGUUCCUGGCGGCGGGCAUGAAGUGGGGCCACGAAGCCAUCGAGGCUAACUCCCAGUACUUCCACCUGGCAGCCUGGGCGGUGCCCGCGGUUAAGACCAUCACCAUCCUGGCCAUGGGGCAGAUCGACGGCGACCUGCUCAGCGGGGUCUGCUUCGUGGGUCUCAACAGCCUGGACCCGCUGCGGGGCUUCGUGCUGGCGCCCCUGUUCGUCUACUUGUUCAUCGGCACCUCCUUCCUGCUGGCCGGCUUCGUCUCGCUGUUCCGCAUCCGCACCAUCAUGAAGCACGACGGCACCAAGACUGAGAAGCUGGAGAAGCUCAUGGUGAGGAUCGGCGUCUUCAGCGUGCUCUACACCGUGCCCGCCACCAUCGUCAUCGCCUGUUACUUCUACGAGCAAGCUUUCAGGGAGCAGUGGGAGAGGAGCUGGGUCAGUCAGACUUGCAAGAGCUACGCCAUCCCCUGCCCCCUGCACUACUACCCCAGGAUGACCCCGGACUUCACGGUGUACAUGAUCAAAUAUCUCAUGACCCUCAUCGUGGGCAUCACCUCGGGCUUUUGGAUCUGGUCAGGCAAGACCUUACACUCGUGGCGCAAGUUCUACACUCGACUCACUAACAGCAAACACGGUGAGACCACCGUGUGAGAGAGCGGGACUGAACUUAACACGGGACUCCAUUUCUUGUUUUCUCUCUCCUUUUUUUUAAAAAAAGAAAAUGUUUUACUUAACGUUUGCAUUAGGAUAAUUUCCCAAGGUGUAAUAAAACCUGUAAAUAGCAUUUGUAAAAAAAUUUAAUUAUAUAUUUGUAUUUAAAAACAA